AAUGUUCAUGUUUUCUAAACUUUGUUUUAUUGACAUUCAAUAUUUGAAGUAUAACGUCGGGAUUUCACUCGCUCGCUUUGUGCUGGUGACAGUCCCCCAGCGGUACCGACCACAGUACUUAUCUACCGUUACAGCAGAGCGGGGAUUUUAAAUGACCCGCGUUCACGGCCCCUUUUAACGACUGCUGGCGGGUUAUAAGACAAGGCGCAAAGAUACUGGCGCCAGCUCAGAGCGAGCGGACUGCGGAACACAGCACAGCUUAGCCAUAUGUCGCCUGCUUACAGAGUCUUGGAGCAGUUUUACUAAAUUAUGCCUUGUGUAACACCAUCCUAACUCUUGCUUUCGAGGACAUCCGUGGACAGAAGGCAUUUUCGGAGAGCAUCACAAUAAGGCUCUCGACACACAAGAAGGUCACACGCGAGGAUAUCAUGCCAAGCAAGAAAGUGCUACGAACAGAGCAGUUUAACACUACAGAUGAAGCUCCUAAAACUAUGUCAGUGCGUCCCAGGAAGAGAAAAGCAGACGUGGCUAUUCAUUUACAAGAUCCAGAUGAAGAGAUCAGUGAGAUGACAAGAAAGAAACCAUGUGCAUCCCAGGCCUGCUGGAAUCCCGACACAGGUUACACAAGCCCAUGCAGGCGGAUCCCCACACCUGAUGAAGUUGAGGAACCGGUUGCUGUUGGAAGUGUGGGAUUCGCACAGUAUGCAUCAGAAAACAUUUUCGUCACUCCCACACGCUCUACCCCUCUGCCGGCCCUCUGCUGGGCAAGCAGAGAUGACGUGUGGAACAACCUGCUUCGAAAAGACAAACUCUACCUGCGAGAUACACAUGUUAUGGAGAGACAUCCACAUCUUCAACCCAAAAUGAGAGCGAUUCUGCUGGAUUGGCUAAUAGAGGUUUGUGAGGUGUACAAGUUACACAGAGAGACGUUUUACUUGGGUCAAGAUUACUUUGAUCGUUUCAUGGCCACCCAAGAGAAUGUCCUCAAAACAACACUACAGCUUAUAGGCAUUUCCUGUCUCUUCAUCGCUGCCAAAAUGGAGGAAAUCUAUCCUCCUAAAGUGCAUCAGUUUGCUUAUGUUACUGAUGGGGCCUGCACAGAGGAUGACAUUCUAAGCAUGGAAAUUAUCAUCAUGAAGGAGUUGAAUUGGAGUUUGAGUCCUUUAACCCCAGUGGCUUGGCUCAACAUCUACAUGCAGAUGGCCUACCUGAAGGAGACCGCUCAAGUUCUUGUGGCCCAGUACCCACAGGCUACAUUUGUGCAGAUUGCAGAACUCUUGGAUCUGUGCAUACUGGAUGCAAGAAGUCUGGAGUUCUCUUACAGCCUUCUUGCAGCUUCCGCACUCUUCCACUUCUCUUCUCUAGAGCUAGUGAUGAAAGUUUCAGGGCUGAAGUGGUGUGACUUGGAGGAGUGUGUGAGAUGGAUGGUCCCUUUCGCCAUGUCAAUCCGUGAAGCCGGCAGCUCGUCUCUCAAGACAUUCAAAGGAAUCGCAGCAGAUGAUCUGCACAACAUCCAGACCCACGUGCCUUACAUGGAAUGGCUGGGAAGGGUGAACUCCUACCAGCCAGUGGACAUUGAGAGCAGUCAGACGUCUCCAGUUCCCUCUGGAGUGCUCACACCACCGCCAAGCAGCGAGAAGCCCGAGAGCGAAGUCUCCUGACUUCAUGAAGCGUGGAAUAGGACACAGCCCUGACAGAUGAGUUUAAAUGGAAAAUCAACAAAUCAAUGGCAUUACAGGACCAAUCCAACCAUCAGCAUAUGACUCGAACGACCAAAAAAUGUCUCGUGCUUCUCAUUUAAUUUUUUUGUUUUGUUUUCUCAUGAGAAGAAAGACAUGAAAUACUUUUUUAAUGGUCCAAAGGUUUGGUGUUUUUAUUUUUUAGUUAAUAUAGACUACCUGCCAAAAUCUCAGAGCUGUUACUGGCUCUGGUUGCUGCUAAAAGAGGGUGGGACUGGAGCAGAUGGAAAGAUGACCACAGAGAUCCCCACACAAAUAUGGGCAUGGGUUUCUGGGGCUCAGGUUGCCAUUUGGACCAGUAAUAUCCUGACAGGUUGUCCUGGGGAUUCGAGUCUCCGCUGCCAGAAAGGACCAGAGAAAUCACCAGCUUCAGAAGCUAGGACUCAGAUUUUAUAUUUAAGAUUUUCCACUGGUCGCUUCCUGUGUGUUUGUAACCAAAUUUGACCAUUCGCUUUUUAAAGGUUUGUUUUUAAACAAGAUGCUGCUACGUUUCUCUAUAUCAUAUGUCUAAAUAAAGCCACUGUCUCAGACAGUUUUUAAGUAUA